AUGGCGACCAAAUCGACCAGGGUGGUCGAUUACUUUUAUGUAGCUGGAAUAUCUAGUGAUGCUGAUCUGGCAUCAAGGAAAACUAACGCCUCAUACACCCCCCCAUCAUCUGCAAGGCCCUCUCUGACCAAAAAUCCACUUCAGGCUGACUCGCCAAGUACUAGAAGGCGUGGAACUCUUACUCCUUCUCAUUUACAAUUGCUUUCUCCUACAGAACAGGCACGAUUGGCCAACAAUGAUUCUGGAAUGCCACCACAAACACCCAGAACUCCAGUGAAUCCCGACAAGAAACCUCACCCGUUGGAUUUUGGCUAUCAGGCCGAGCUGCUCUUGAGAUAUCCAGAGCAUGACUGGAGUGAUCCAGAACGGUUUCCUGCCUUCACUCCCAUGUUUUGCUUCCCAAAUGAUCUGAGAUUUGGCUAUGACAAUGGUCUUCGACCUCCAGAAACCUAUCACUCGUUCGUUAUAACGCAGGAAACAGGUGCAAGAUUGUACGGAGUCUGCUUGACUCUAUACGAGAAAUUGUCACCAGAACUGACUCGUCAGCUGGAAAUACUGGUUGCCGCGUGGAGGCUCGAGAAUAUAGUUACAAGCGAUGUCGAAUACGUUAAACACAUACAAAAACAGCUAGAUCAAGCCACUGCGACUUUGAAAACUCUUCGAGAGUCGGAUCCUACAAAAAAGGAUCAAGAUGUACAAGAGACAAUUUUCGAUCUGGAGGAUAAAGUCACUCUUUACGUGGACUUGUUGGCUCCAUUACGUAGAAAUGUCUUGUUUGAUGCCAAUGGUGCAUACAUGCCACGAUGUGUAGGACUCAUGAGUCAUUGGCCAUGGCAUGAUCUACUAAAGGACUGGCUGACUGAAGUCGUAUAUUGUCUACGAGAUCAAAAUACUAUUUCUGAAGAUGCUACUAGGAAUCGGUACAAGAAUGUUGUAUCAAAACUACGAGUACCUUUAGAACGGUAUUUGGUGAAUUUGAUACAUGAGAUACCGUUGCCGCCUCCAGGAAAGCUCGAAGUGUCUAUAUCUGUGGGCAGAUUCCACUUGUACUGUUCAAGACCACCAGCCAAUACGAUUUCAGUCAUCCAAAACUUUUCUAUAUAUCCGAUAUUUCGAACCCUCUCUAUACCUCAUGUGGUGUCGCUCUUUGAAUUAGUUUUGGCUGAACGUAAAAUCAUCUUGCUAUCAUCGCAUUUGGUCAUGUUGACUCUAGCUGCUGAGACACUUUCAGUACUUGUAUAUCCUUUCGCUUGGCAGCAUAUCUACAUCCCUAUAUUGCCUGCUCGCUUGUUGAGUUAUUUGCAGGCACCAAUGCCGUAUAUCGUCGGUGUCCAACGAGAAUACUUUGAUGCAACUGGACCAGAUGCACCACCAUCAGAUGUAGCUAUUGUUGAUUUAGAUAACGAUGUGGUUACCGUGGAAGAUUAUCCAACAAUGCUUCCAACUCACGAAAGAAAGAAGCUCUUGACGAGACUGCAUAAAUAUAGUGGAGCUACAGGAUUGCUGACAGUCAAUGUCGCACUAGGUGGAAGCUCUGGGUCCUUAUCAUCUCGUAGACCUCGUGGUGUACCAUAUACAUCACUACGAGCAUUCCCAGAUGGAAGAACAUGUCCAAAUACUGCUGACUCUUACAAACGAGUGAUCAAUGACUAUACCGAGUCUUAUCAAAAGCCACAGCCAGCAGUACCUGGGCCAAAGACACUGGCUAGAGCUUUGACGCCGUUACAGAUGGGUUCGAGUCUAAACAGUAAAAACUCGGGAUCAUCUGGUGCUCUGAAUACCAUGACAACAGCAACACCGUCACCUGCAGCAGCAAGUAUUUUAGGUAAACUGAGAUCGUUAGCGACCUCGGUAUCUAUGAGUAGUCUUGCCCGCGGAGAGUCUCAAGAGUCGAUGGAUUCUAUGGAGUUCGAUCAAGCGACGCCCAGUAGUGGAAUGUCUAGAACAUCGUCGUUCGGUCCAGGAAUACCUCCUGCAUCACGACCGCCACCAAUGCCAGCACCAGGACGUGAACCUCUAAGUAAUCUGCAAUCGCCAGGAAGAUCUCUUGCAUGGGGAUUUAUACCUAGUCGAGAAGUAUCAGUGUCUGGUUCUCCAACAUCAGGAUCUCCUGAACGUAAAUCAUCAGCUACAGGACAAACGGGCAGACCAUCUCCUCUUGGAGACUUUCCUACGUCAAGCGAUACAAAAGUCAGCAUAGAAGUAGAAGCACCGUCAACCGUUGACAUAUUAAACGGCAGCCCUGAAAGAGGCCAUCAAAGGUUUAGCUCAGAGAUCUCUGGUCGCCCAGGUUUGGUGCGUGGGACGGGUCACAGAAGACAGGUGUCUGAAGGAUCGAGUAGGUCUUGGUUGGCAUCCAUGAUGCCGCAGUCCUUAUCUCCAUCCUCUCCACAAGCCACAUCAUCCAAUCCGUCUCUGACAGGGUCUUCUAUAGUCCGUGACCCAGAAACGUCUUCGGUGGAAUCUGCAGAUUCUUCGACCAGUAAAUACUUUAAAUCCUUCUUCCAACGCAGACCACCAUCGGCCUUGAUGAAUGAAGACUCAUUUGUGAGUACUUCCUCAUCAGAAAAUCCGGCUCACCCAGAGCUUUCGACCUCAGCAUCAACACACUCCAUGUCUUCAGCUUCGUCGCAUCAAGAUCAGAACACGGCCGAUCACUUACCAACAGAUGCUAUAUUACUAUCAGCUACUUCGAAUACGGCCAAGUUUAGUCCUGGUCAUCAUAGAACACAUUCGUUGCAAGUUACCGUGCCUUCUAGCAGCAAUGCAAAUGAUCAUCAGCGCCAACACCAUCAUCAUCAUUCGCCGCAUCAGAUGUCUGAAGGAGCAGCAUCGCCUAAAUCACCAGAUAGAGAAAGGCCACCGUUUGAACGUCGUAGAAAUAGUUCAGGAAUGUCACCUCUAGGUCCAAGACCAGUCCCAGACCUCUUGUCGGCUAGCUCUCGACGACAAUCAUCGACACCAGAACCUCCUGCGACUAGCGGCAUGGGUGAUGUGGUAUCACCAAUGGUUGGAUCACCAGAAUCAACACAGUCUGUCGCAAGUUGGGGCUCUCCUGGUAAAGGAGGAGGAGUAGCAGGAGUACUACAUCGAUUAUCACAAUCUUCAGAAAGGGAGAGUCCCGUAACACCAGUAGGACCGGUAGCCAUGCCGCAGUCUAAACGUAAAGAGGGACACGUCUUUUGGGAGGUCAAUGUGUCGGAAUUGGUUAGAGAUGUUGCUGUGGAUGAUGGUGAUGGCGAGUAUGCAAAACCUAGUGUGGCUCGAGAGAAUUUAGAAGUGACUCAGGAUGGUGCGAUGCUUUGUCGGGUUUGUCAGGUUGAUUUGAGAACUGAUGAAGCAGGAAAGGCCUUGAAAUGUGAAUUAUGCUAUAUGAAAUGUCAUAUGACUUGCUUUGGUCUCGCCGAGUGUCGGCCAUGCCCAACCCUUUUCAAUGAACGCAAAGUCAGAAAUGCAUUUUUGAAGGUCUUUACCUCGUUGCUGAAAUCAUAUCGGUCAUGUCUGACGGUGCCAGACUCAGUCAAAAACAUAAUCGAAGCAUCACCAGUACAACAGAGUGGAACCAAAGCAUCAACUUCCCUACCACGUGGUAUUUCAGGUGGAUCGUUAGUAGAUACUCAAGGACUUGAUCUAACAAUGGAAGAGUGGUUUAAAAAGGAGGAUUUUUUGGCUGCUGUUGAACGGGAAACGAAAACGUUCAUGACAAUGUUGGUCGACACUCAAGCAUUUGCUCAAUUCACUUUGGAUAGGAUUGAGAGACCUGAAACAGAUCAUGAGAUCUUGUUUUUCGAUGAAUGUAUCAAGGCAAAGUUGAAUCGGUCUCAACUACGCAUCAAAAAGGAAGCUACACCCUUCUUGACUGAUCCAACUUAUGCUAUUACUCAAACGUUUGCUGCGCUGGCUCCCAGUAUUGAAGAUAUUGAUUCUGAUGCCAAGCUAGUCAUACAAGCCUUCCCCUCGAAAUUGGAUUCUCGAUAUCUUACUGCUCCACGAAUCGUGCAACCACUCAUAACAGCUUCAGAUCAAAAGAUGAUGAGAUCACAUACUGCUGGAAUAGUGCAGAGAGCUCGAAUGAUUGCAAAUACCAAGAGGAAGCAGGACUUCUCAAAAUGGAUGAGAACUAGAUGGAAGAUGUUUCAACAGAUUGGUAAUGGUGAAGUAGUUUCUCUGGGAUUCUUGUCUGAUGAGCAACGAAGGGAAUUGCUGGAUGAUCGGUUAAAACAAGUGGCAAUAGUUAUAGAAAAGUGUGAGGCCGCCCAUCUAUCCAGUCAACGACCGCAAGACGUGAGAAGAGCAUUACGAGACUUGUACGCUCAAAAUGAUGUCUUGAUGCGAGCUACAGAUGAGGAACAGCUUGUUGAAUCUGGUGAUCAGCAAGAAAUGCAAUUGACGCUAGCUAGAUUGUUUCGUGUCAUUACGAUAUAUGAAGAAUUCGCAUCAACGCUGCCCCCUGAAGUAGUAGAGCCCGAAACGCCGUCUGAUAAUAUCGCGAAUUAUCAACGUCGGCCGAGUAUAGUGGAUGGAUUUACAGAGGAGGUGUUAAGUGCUGUGGGGAUGCGUGUUGCUGAAGGUUUACGUAAAGAAAUGCAAUUAAAGAAGCCUCGAGCCAGUAAACCAUUACCCGCAAUACCAACGGAGGAAGUCCCAGAGCCAGUAGAGAUGUCUUCCCCCACACACGAUGGUAUAUUACCGAUUGAAGAGAUACCAGAGACAAAUAGUCUGGGAGUGGAUACCAGUCCCAUUCGCAGCCCUUCAACCGAUGAUCACUCUAUGUCACCUACAUCAGACGAAAGCCCUAAAAUAGAGUCAGAAAUGCAAGACACAAGUAGAAGUAUAGAUUGA